GGGUCGAUAAGAGGCAUGUUGAAUAUCUGCUUGGUGUUGAAAGGCUUGUAUUGAUACGGUGAAAUGCGUUUUUGGAUUGUCUGUUUUCGUAUUGUUCUUAUGAACAUGAAAAGGGAAGAUCUGACGAUUUUGAAGAUGGAUAUAUAGAGACGUUGAGCCCGCCUUGCUUUUGUGUGUUGCCUUGUAGGUAAUGGUGACGUAUGUCGAUCACGUGCUGCCCAAGAGGUGGUCUCCGUUGCGUGUUUCUCCCUUCUCUCUCCCCCACAUCUCUUCUCUCCUCCCCAUCUCCAUCUUCACUUUUACCUUCGUCUUCAUCCCUACGAUGUACAUUCUCUUCCUCUCCAACAUGAUACUCAUUAAUUCUAAACAGCACGGACCCCGUCCCUUAUCUCAGAUUGCCAAGGGCUGUCUGUGCCUGAACUCAAGCCACCAACAAGUUACCCCUUUUGCAGAAACCUUUCCGCCCUCCCUCAGCCCGCGCUUCGUCGCGUACUUUAUUGGUACCAAGUGGAUUGCAAGUCACCAGAAACUCCAUAUGCAUUUCAUGGGCUACUACUACUAUAUCUUCUGAUGCGCAUAGCGCGCGUUGUCUCGUCGCGUUGGCAGCUUUCUAGAUCUUCCGCCUUAUGCCCGUCCAGGUUCAAGCUUUC